CACAAGGCAAACUCAUUUCUAUGUUCAAAAGGAUGACAAAGAAGGAUACCAAUUCCUACUCCAUUUUGAAUUUCAAAUCUUCAUGAACCCUUCUCAUAAUGUAUUUGUGCCGUUUCAAAACCAUCGUCAACGGUAGUAUUUUCAUUGAAAAAUACAACACUCUCUUUGAUUUCAAGAAGACACGAAGAACAUUAUCAGUCUCUUUGAUUUCAAGAACCCAGCCAUGUAUGAGGACAAAGAGAUCCACAUUCAGGUGAAGAAAACUCCGGCAUUCACUGUACUGAAGAACGGUUCCAUCCUCAAGAACAUCUUUCUUUUACGUAAACCACCUCCCUUCUCCACCGAACAACCUGCAGCCGGAACAUCAUCGAUAAAUCACGACUCCGAUGAAGAAAUUUUGCUUGUUGGACGACACCCAGAUUGCAACAUUACUCUGGAGCACCCUAGUAUCAGCAGAUAUCAUCUCCGUAUCCACUCAAAUCCGUCUUCACAUACGCUCUCAAUAGUUGACCUAUCAUCAGUUCACGGAACAUGGGUGUCGGGGAAGAGAAUUGAACCAGGGGUUUCCGUGAAACUGAAAGAGGGAGACACGGUGAAGAUGGGUGGUUCAAGCAGGGUUUACGAGCUGCAUUGGGUCCCACUGAGCCAAGCUUUCGAUGUUAAUGAUCCAUUCGUGCCUCACACCUUCAGAAAACAAGAAGAAACACAGGAUGAAAGUUGCUCGUAUGAUCUUGAGACACAUUCCUCUAAUGAGGAUUUGGAGAAUUCGGAAUUUUCAUUUUCCAACACGAAUCUUCAUUCUUCCUUGGAGAAAUUGAACCCAUCGACAUAUUCAGCACCAAACUACUUAAAUUCUUCAUGUGAUGAGACUGAGGUAGAAGAACACAUGACUCCAUCUAAAACAGGCAACCAAAAUGGUGAAAUCUUUAGCUCAAAAGCUGGAAUAGAAAAUCAAUCCCAUGAGAUCACCAAUGAAGAACAGUUUUCUGUGCUUAACAACUCAAAAGCUGAUGAGUUUGAUACAGAACACUCAAGCCCAUGGAGAACAGACAAUGGAAGUGAUGAAAUCUUUGCCAUUCUUUCAGUUCAAGCUCCAGUUAUUGUCCCUGAAUCUAUAUCUGCAACAGAGAUUUCUGACAAUCUAAAGAAAUUAGAUCAAUCAAAUUCAUUGAGGAUCUGUUCAGAAUCUUCCAUUGAUAAUGAAGAAGAUGAAAUCUUUAGCACUGUUUCUAUUCAAGCACCAAUUGUUGUCUCUGAAUCUUUAUCUGAAACAGAGAUCUUUGAUAGCAUAAACAAACCAGAAGAUCUUUCUGUGGCUCUUUUUGAUGCUAUUGAAACCCAUGAAGAAGAAGAAGAAAUAGCAAGAGGCAAUGAGAUUAAUAUAUGCACUGAUGAAUCAGAUUCUAUGGUUUUUUGCACAUCAUUCAUUUCAAAACAAGAUGUAGAUAUGGGUGUCAGAUUUGAAUCAGUAAAUCAUGAAAUUAUGAAGAAAGAAUCGAAUUUUUUGGACCUUUUGGAUGAAACAGACAUGGAUCAAGAAACAAGUUUUACUCCAGAAAUAUCAAGAGCCAAUGAAGAUUCAAGGACUCUUUUUGAUAGUUUAAAUGGAAAGGAAAUGGAGUUUUUUACACCAGAUAAAGAGAACAAGGAUCCCAAUGCUUGUUUAAUGAAAUCUUUGAGAAAAUGGAAGGAAGAUGAAUGUAAAGGAUCAAACAUCUGUGCAAUGUUGAAGGAAGCUGUCAGUGAGGGUAGAAAAGACAUUUUUGAUGUGUCAGAGUAUGAUGAUGAAAAGGGCAUUGAUUCAUCUAAUGGAGGAGAAAAGAAAAGAUGGAAUAUGAUACUAGACACUAAUACCCUUCUUCACAAAGAGUCUUUAAAGCAUUUGAAACUCCUACAAGGCCUCAAAGGGACUCAACUUUUCAUACCCAAAAUCGUGUUAAAGGAACUAAAGGAAAUAAAGAGGCAACAUGAUCAUGAUUUCUUCAACAUAACUACAAAAAAGGUUUCUUUAGCAUUGAAAUGGAUUGACGAAUGUAUGAUGACUACAAAAUGGUGGAUUCACAUGGAAGAUGAUGAAAUUGAAACAGAAAUUAAAGUUCUUGAAACUGCUAUUCAGUUAUGCAAAGAAAGUAAAGAUAAAAAGGUUAUCAUUCUUAGCAAUGAUGUUUCACUCAAGAUCACAUCCAUGGCAGAAGGAAUUAUGUGUGAAGAAGCAGAAGAGUUUUAUAGGAGCUUGGUGAAUCCAUUUUCAGAGAGGUUUAUAUGGGAUGGGAGUUUGGCAAGAGGACUUACUUGGUCAUGUGUAGAUGAUGAUGUUUUGAGAGAAAAAUACUUGGGAUUUGGUGUAAAUGUGUCAAAUAGGUUUAAGGGUUUGAAGUUUUUGGCACGUUUAACAACUUUAUAAAAUACUUUACUUGUGAUUUUCCUGUUAUAUGAUGAUUCAUGUAUCAUUAGUUUAUGAUUCAAUGUAUCUCUAGUGGUUUGAAUUUGAUGGGCUAAAUGAAAGAUAUAGCAUUGUAUUUUCAAUUAUUUGUAGUAUAUAGUAUAUAGCAAGC